AUGAACGAAAAUCUAUUCGCCUCUUUCGUUACCCCAACAAUAAUAGGCCUUCCUAUUGUUAUCCUUAUCAUUAUACUCCCACCAAUACUUUUAACUUCAUCUAAACGACUUAUCUCCAACCGAUUCCACUCAUUCCAACAAUGGUUAAUUAAACUUAUCAUUAAACAAAUAAUACUAAUUCACUCUCCUAAAGGACGGACAUGAUCCCUCAUACUAGUAUCUCUAAUUAUAUUUAUUGGCUCAACAAAUUUACUAGGCCUCCUACCCCAUACAUUUACCCCUACAACACAACUGUCAACUAACCUAUGUAUAGCUAUCCCUCUAUGAGCCGGAGCCGUAAUCUUAGGCUUCCGCCAUAAACUAAAAGCCUCACUAGCCCAUUUCUUACCCCAAGGCACCCCAAUCUCCCUUAUCCCCAUACUUAUUAUCAUCGAAACCAUUAGCUUAUUCAUCCAACCCAUGGCCUUAGCAGUACGGCUAACAGCCAACAUUACUGCAGGACACCUGUUAAUUCACCUCAUUGGAGGAGCUACACUAGUACUAACAAGCAUUAGCCCCCCAACAGCCACAAUUACAUUUAUUAUUCUAGCCCUACUGACUAUCCUAGAAUUCGCAGUAGCCCUAAUUCAAGCCUACGUAUUCACCCUUCUAGUCAGCCUAUAUUUACAUGAUAACACCUA